AUGUCUAACAACGUGACCAUGGCCGCCCCCAUUGACUACACCAACAAUAACAGCAUCGCCUACCGCUGUUACAGUUCCUUCGUCGACGCGUCGGUCGCCUUCACCCUCGCCUCCCCACCAUCCCCAGCGCCUUCCCUGAAAAGGCGACGCGCCUUCGAACACAGGUACGAGUCCUCAAACUCGGAUUGCGAGGCCGACGACGAAGAAGGGAGCUCAGAGUCAGACACCGACUCCGACUCCGACCUCAGCGACAUCGAGGACGAGGAGAAGGAGAAUAUGGCGCCGCCUCGGAAGAGGCUUUGUAUCGACCUCCAAGAUUAUCCGCGCCUUCGUAUGGCAGAGUUGAGCGUGAAUUCGGGGAGGUCGUCGAGGGCGUCCUGGACGGGUGCAUCGACCUGCACCCUCCUGACGCCGCCUGAUUCUCCUCGUUUCAUCUUCCGCCCACUCCAACUUGCUUUUGUUCAUCAGAUCAAAGUCGAGGACGAAGAUGAAGAACAAGGCUAUCUCAACUGCAAGGGCAGUGCCCUCUUCGCGUCAGACAUGGAAGGCCCUCCUACCUCGUCGGAUGAGUCCGGUACCUCAGUCGCAUCUGUCGACCAUGGCAACGACGACAACCAUUACACGGAUUCAGAGGUCGAGCUGAAGGCGACCACACAGAAUCCCCUCAGCUUCUCCUCUACCGAAGAAGAGGAGGAGUCUGGGGAGGAGGAGGAGUCUGGGUUUGAGGAAGAGGAGUAUGGGGACAUAGAAGAUGAGUACGAGAAUUGGGGUGUGGAUGAAGAAGAUGAUUAUGAAGGUGAAGAUGAGGAUGAGAACAACGAGCUAAUUCUGGCCACUUCUCGCUCUAUCAGGGAUACUAUGAGCAUAAUGGUUAUGCCGCCAUCCGCGCCAAUUCCUACCCCCAAUAUGCGGGGCAUGAGCGGAGCCUCCAUAUUCGCCAGGCAAUGUGUGGCUGAACUUUCUGCAGGUGGUAUUGUGGCAUCAUCCGAAGUCUUGUAUGGGAUUACGAAUGCCCAAUACAUCCAUUUUGAGGAAGAGCUUUGA